AGAAAUCAAGGCACAGAGAAAUUAAGUGACUUUGCCAUAGUCACAGGCUGGGAAGGACCAGGAAUAGAGCCUAGAGAGCUCCUGGCUCUGGGCCUGCGUCCUGCUCACGGAGUCACCCUGCCUCCAUCCUCGGGAGAGGAGGCUUCCUGCAAGAUGGACGUGGACACUGAGGAGAAGCGUCACCGCACACGGUCCAAAGGGGUUCGAGUUCCCGUGGAACCAGCCAUACAAGAGCUGUUCAGCUGUCCCACUCCUGGCUGCGACGGCAGCGGUCACGUCAGUGGCAAAUAUGCACGACACAGAAGUGUAUAUGGUUGUCCCCUGGCGAAAAAAAGGAAAACACAAGAUAAACAGCCCCAAGAACCUGCUCCCAAACGAAAACCAUUUGCAGUGAAAGCAGACAGCUCCUCAGUGGAUGAGUGCUAUGAGAGUGACGGGACAGAGGAUAUGGAUGAGAAGGAGGAAGAUGAGGAUGAAGAAUUCUCGGAGGACAACGAUGAGCAGGGGGAUGAGGAUGAGGAGGAUGAGGAGGUGGACCGGGAGGAAGAGGAGGAGAUUGAGGAGGAAGAUGAUGAUGACGAUGAUGAAGAUGGAGACGAUGUGGAGGAGGAAGAGGACGAGGAGGACGAGGAGGAGGAAGAAGAGGAAGAGGAGGAAGAAAACGAAGACCAUCAAAUGAAUUGUCACAACACUCGAAUAAUGCAAGACCCAGAAAAGGAUGACAACAACAACGAUGAGUAUGAGAACUAUGACGAACUGGUGGCCAAGUCUUUGCUGAAUCUUGGCAAAAUCGCUGAGGACGCGGCGUACCGGGCCAGGACUGAGUCGGAAAUGAACAGCAAUACCUCCAAUAGCCUGGAAGACGACAGUGACAAAAACGAAAACCUGGGUCGCAAAAGCGAGCUCAGUCUGGACUUAGACAGUGAUGUCGUUAGGGAAACGGUGGACUCCCUUAAACUGUUAGCACAGGGGCAUGGCGUGGUGCUCUCGGAAAACAUCAACGACAGGGGUUAUGUGGACGGUGCGUCGCAGCAGGACAGCAGAAACAUGAACUACGUCAUGCUGGGGAAGCCCAUGAACAACGGGCUCAUGGAGAAGGUGGUGGAGGAGAGCGACGAGGAGGUGUGUCUGAGCAGCCUCGAGUGUCUAAGGAACCAGUGCUUCGACCUGGCCAGGAAGCUCAGCGAGACCAACCCGCAGGAGAGGAGCCAGCCUCCCAGCGUGACCCUGCGACCGCACGUGCGACAGGAGGACGACUUCCCGGGGAGGACGCCGGACAGGAGCUACUCGGACAUGAUCAACCUCAUGCGGCUGGAGGAGCAGCUGAGCCCCAGGUCUAGAACGUUCUCCAGCUGUGCGAAGGAGGACGGGUGUCAAGAGAGGGAUGACGACAUAACGUCAGUGAACUCAGACAGGUCUGAGGAGGUGUUUGACAUGACCAAGGGCAACCUGACCCUGCUGGAGAAAGCCAUUGCCCUGGAGAGUGAAAGGGCAAAGGCCAUGCGGGAGAAGAUGGCCAUGGAUGCUGGGCGGAGGGACAAUAUGAGAUCCUAUGAGGACCAGUCUCCAAGACAGCUGCCUGGGGAGGACAGAAAGCCCAAGUCCAGUGACAGCCAUGUCAAAAAGCCAUACUAUGGUAAAGAUCCCUCGAGAACAGAAAAGAAAGAGAGCAAGUGUCCAACCCCCGGGUGUGAUGGAACCGGCCAUGUAACUGGGCUUUACCCGCAUCACCGCAGUCUGUCUGGAUGCCCGCACAAAGAUAGGGUCCCUCCAGAAAUUCUGGCCAUGCAUGAGAAUGUGCUCAAGUGUCCCACUCCGGGCUGCACAGGGCGAGGGCACGUGAACAGCAACAGGAACUCUCACAGAAGCCUGUCUGGAUGCCCUAUUGCUGCAGCAGAGAAAUUGGCCAAGGCCCAAGAAAAGCACCAGAGCUGUGAUGUGCCCAAGUCCAACCAGGCCUCGGACCGAGUCCUCAGGCCAAUGUGCUUUGUAAAGCAGCUGGAGAUUCCUCAGUAUGGCUACAGAAACAAUGUCCCCACCACCACGCCACGCUCCAACCUGGCCAAGGAGCUUGAGAAAUACUCCAAGACUUCAUUUGAGUACAGCAGUUACGACAACCAUACUUAUGGCAAGAGAGCCAUAGCUCCCAAGGUGCAAACCAGGGAUAUAUCCCCCAAAGGAUAUGACGAUGCCAAGCGGUACUGCAAGAACGCCAGCCCCAGCAGCAGCACCACCAGCAGCUACGCGCCGAGCAGCAGCAGCAACCUGAGCUGCGGCGGCGGCAGCAGCGCCAGCAGCACGUGCAGCAAGAGCAGCUUCGACUACACGCACGACAUGGAGGCGGCCCACAUGGCGGCCACGGCCAUCCUCAACCUGUCCACGCGCUGCCGCGAGAUGCCGCAGAACCUGUCCACCAAGCCGCAGGACCUGUGUGCAGCGCGGAACCCUGACAUGGAUGUGGAUGAGAACGGUACCCUGGACCUCAGCAUGAACAAGCAGAGGCCGCGGGACAGCUGCUGCCCGGUUCUGACGCCCCUGGAACCCAUGUCCCCACAGCAGCAGGCAGUGAUGGGUAACCGGUGUUUCCAGCUGAGUGAGGGGGACUGCUGGGACCUGCCAGUAGACUACACCAAGAUGAAGCCCCGGAGGAUAGACGAGGACGACCCCAAAGAGAUUACUCCUGAAGACUUGGACCCAUUCCAGGAAGCUCUGGAAGAACGAAGGUAUCCGGGGGAGGUGACCAUCCCAAGCCCCAAACCCAAGUACCCCCAGUGCAAGGAGAGCAAAAAGGACUUAAUAACUCUGUCUGGCUGCCCUCUGGCGGACAAAAGCAUCCGAAGCGUGCUGGCCACCAGUUCUCAAGAGCUCAAGUGUCCCACCCCUGGCUGCGACGGUUCUGGGCACAUCACUGGCAAUUAUGCUUCCCACAGAAGCCUUUCAGGGUGCCCAAGAGCAAAGAAAAGUGGCAUCCGAAUAGCACAGAGCAAAGAAGAUAAAGAAGACCAGGAGCCAAUCAGGUGUCCUGUACCAGGCUGUGACGGUCAGGGCCACAUCACCGGGAAGUACGCGUCACACCGUAGCGCCUCGGGGUGCCCCUUGGCGGCCAAGAGGCAAAAGGAUGGGUACCUCAACGGCUCUCAGUUCUCCUGGAAGUCGGUCAAGACGGAAGGAAUGUCCUGUCCCACGCCGGGAUGUGACGGAUCGGGACAUGUCAGCGGCAGUUUCCUGACACAUCGCAGCUUGUCAGGAUGCCCGAGAGCCACAUCAGCCAUGAAGAAAGCAAAGCUGUCCGGAGAACAGAUGCUGACGAUCAAGCAGCGGGCCAGCAAUGGCAUAGAGAACGAUGAGGAGAUCAAGCAGUUGGACGAAGAGAUCAAAGAACUGAAUGAGUCCAAUUCCCAGAUGGAGGCUGAUAUGAUCAAGCUUAGAACUCAGAUAACCACAAUGGAGAGCAACCUGAAGACGAUUGAAGAGGAGAACAAAGUCAUUGAGCAGCAAAACGAGUCUCUUCUGCACGAGCUGGCCAACCUGAGCCAGUCUUUAAUUCACAGUCUGGCUAACAUCCAGCUGCCUCAUAUGGAUCCAAUCAAUGAACAAAAUUUUGAUGCUUACGUGACUACUUUGACGGAAAUGUAUACAAAUCAAGAUCGUUAUCAGAGUCCAGAAAAUAAAGCCCUACUGGAAAAUAUAAAGCAGGCUGUGAGAGGAAUUCAGGUCUGAACAGCUGCUAGUGCUCAUGAGAUCCAUGCUUAACAAGGAUGCUUCUUGUUCUUUUGCUGCUCUACUUUGCCAGAAAGUGUUACAUAUUUCUUUCUGUUGAAACAGUGUUAACGCUUACAAGACUUCAUAAUGAUUUUAUGUCUUGCUUUAAAGAUAGUACCUGCAGAAUAGUUUUUGAACACAUUCACAUUUUGUACGUUUUCAUAUAAGCUGACGUCGUGUGCUAUGCCGUAAUGUUUCUAGCUGCUACUGUAUGAACAUUUGGGGUCUAUAUAUUUCUGAAGAGGUAAGCUACUCAAGAUAAAUAGAGUGUAAAUUCUUUUUAAUGCUUUAGUGAUUAAAUGUUUUAGUAUUUUGAACCGAAAUGGACAAAAGAGAAAAAGAAAACAAAAUGAAACAAAACAAAAAAAAAACAAAAACCCAUCUUGGAACGAUCACAUCGUCGUGGCGCAAUGGUCACUUUUUAGAUGUUAUCAUUUUGCCUCGUGUUGGAGGAGUUAUGGAAUUAAGAAGUACAUUUUGUGUGCAUAUUGUUUCAUAGCGAGAAUUGGUUGCAGAAAUGCUUUAUUUUUGAACACUGCUUGCAAAUAUCAUGUGACUCUUUGUUUGUUUGUUUUAGGAGGAUGGUGUAUGGUGGGGGCAAUAAAUGAGUGUUUUUGCAUUCCAAGGAAAUACCAUUGGAUUAACUAUAAGAAAUGAAAUAAGUAAUUUAUUGUAAGACAACAUCAAGCCAUGGAAACUUGGCAGAAGAUUCAAAGCAGCUUAAACAGCACUUUUAAUUAACAACUCCUAAACAUUACAUGGUGUGACCGUGGACACUUCCGUUAAGACACGAGCUUGUCAGAGGUGGACAACACGAAGAUUUUCUGUCAUUUCAGUAAACUUUGGAACAUCUCUGUCCUAUCUCUCCUAGAACCCCAAGUCCCUCUGAACUCUUGCCACGAAGUAGUUUACCUUAUUGAAGCUGUGUGUUUUCAAAUUUGAGUGAAAAGAUAAUUUAAGAGCAUUUAUUUCCCCUUUCUCACUUUAAAAAAAAAUCCUUAUUAUUGCUGUUAUUCUUGCUUCACCCUUGAAGGAUGAAGGCUUAUGGCUUGUGAGUGUUCUGGUUACUGGACAGAAUUUCCUGCUGGACGGGUGGGAAACCACUCGGUAAAGUUUCCUUCCCCAUCCCUGCCCUCACUUUGACUUUGAAUAAGCCUUUGGUCUUAUUCACAGCACUUGAAAAGGACAGACACCUACGUCCCCCCCUUGGCUGGGGUCAGGUGACCACAUAGCAUUCGCAUAGCCUUGCUUGGUUGAUCGCGACCUACUCUAAGAAUGAAUGCAAUCAGAUUUUAAAAGUAAUUAAAUCUACUUUGGCACUUUUUUGCUUUAAACUUGAUCAUGUUAGACUUGUUUGUACCUUCAAGAUUUGAUUGUCUGAUUCCAAAUGACUGCACUAUAUGGAUGCAGAAGACCACUGUUGACUGCUGUGCCCUCCUCAGUGGUCCUUUGACCACGUGUUGUGUUUCCCCGUGUUGACUUGGUUUCCUUUCUGUAGCAUCUCUCCCUUCCAUGUCUUGAUGUUAUGCAGGAAGUACAAAAGUACUUUAAAAUUUUGUUAUGAAAUAAAAAAAAAAGAUGGGUUUUGUAAAAAUAAAAAAAAAAUAUUUUUAGCAGAACAGGACUUACAGGGUCAUUGUCCCCACAAUGUGCCAGUCAACUGUUUGCACUCACCUUGUCCUACAUAUCCGUACGGAGGUGUGCAAUUCCGGUGUCAGCCGCCUUGUGACACUGAAUGAAGCUGGAUGAUUACGGAGGAGGCCCUCACGGCUGACCCAAUACGGUUGCUAAGGGAGACUACAGGGAUCUCACAACAAAUAUUCUGAUACAAUACUCAACCUCGGUAUAUAUAUAUAUGUACAAAUAUAUGAUCAUCCCAGCUGCACUUUAUACUGUUCACUGUACAAAACCUUGCAGUUUUCCACAAGGACUUUAAUAACUAGCUGGGAAAAAAAAAAAAAAGAUUAUGUAAUUACUUUGGGGCUCUGCAGAACCUUCUCUGCGCCACGCCCCCUUUCUGUUGUGCGAUUAGUUGUAGCUGCCAUGCUCAGAAAUGCCUUUUUGAGAGCAGAAGCCGGUGCUUAGGUCACCUGCUACCGUACACCGGGUGCGGGCCCUGCCUCGCCUGCCUCGCCUGGCCUCGUCUCGGGAGGGCCUGUCCAUAGCGGCGCCUGCAUUCCCUACCACGUCUCGUCUGCAGCUUCUCCGCCAAUGUAGUGAUGCUUUCAGUAGAGUAAUAGGUAGUAUGGGUUUGAACUCUUAUUCUUCUCACCAUGUACAAUGGAAAGGGACUCUAAGCACAAACCUGCUGCUCGUGUAAUGUUGAUACAUAAUAUCAAAUCAAGUUAUCUGUGACUAUUAUAUAGGGAUCACAAAAAGUGUCACGUUAGGAUGCUGACCUACAUGAAACUAUUGUGAGUCAUCAGAGGUUAUUUAUUAUAACUUAUUGUUCAUAUUCAUUUCCAAGUUAAUUUAAGUAAUCAUUUAUUAAGACAGAAUUUUGUAUAAACUAUUUAUUGUGCUCUCUGUGGAACUGAAGUUUGAUUUAUUUUUGUACUCUACACGGCAUGGGUUUGUUGACACUUUAAUUUUGCUAUAAAUGUGUGGAAUCACAAGCUACUGUGAUACUUCAUUUUUUAAUUGUGAACUUUGUACAAACUUUGUCAUGCUGAUGUGAACACAUCUUACUCUGAAUAAAAAGGUGUUGCCACGUUUGUAGCACGAAGGAUCUCUA